CAGGUUGGCGUUGCAGGGGGUUGGGGGGGACUGUUGGGAUUUGCUAUUGAACGGAUGAUCGUUCGUUGUGCAGCCGUCUGCAGGACGUGGGUACAGUUCUGGGGGCUGGGGCCCCUCUGACUUUCAAGCCGCCAUGGAGACGAAGGGAGGCACGCUGCGUCAAGGCUGAUUCUGCAGGAAGUGUGGGGUGCGGGGCCCAGAGCCCCGGGAUAAACCGGAGCCUGGAGCAAGAAGAACACAGCCCUCGGUGGGAUACAGAGGCAAGCCGAAGUGGGCCGGAAUAGAGUGAAACCCGAAGCGCUUGGACCAGGAGACAACAGUGCAGAUGCCUUUUGAAGAGCAGAAGUUCUACACAGACGUGAAUUGAAUUUACAGUACCUGCCUACUUCAAACAUGGAUGAGCAGGAAGCUUUAAAGUCCAUCAUGAAGGACCUUGUUGCCCUGCAAAUGGGACGAAGGAGUCGAAUGAGUGGCUAUGAUAGUGUGAAGAGCAAAGGCAACACCCAUGCUAAUAAACAGAAUGACGUCCGAAUAAAGUUUGAACAUAAUGGUGAAAGAAGAAUCAUACAGUUCAGCCGGCCAGUCAAAUAUGAGGAACUGCACCAGAAAGUCAAGACGGUAUUUGGACAGCAAAUGGACUUAAAUUACACAAACAAUGAGUUACUAAUUGCUUUACGAAGCCAGGAUGAUCUUGAUAAAGCCAUUGAUCUGCUUGAUCGAAGUUUCAGCAUGAAGAGUCUGAAAAUUUUGCUUGUAGCUCAGGAGAAAAACCAUACAUCACAUGCGCCUUCAGCUGUUACCAAACAGGUCCGUAUUAAGGCCUCUCAAUCUGUUGGAGACAUUCUCAGCACCAUCUACCAGCCAGCAGAAUCUCGUGGCAGGCAUCUCUCUGUUAGUUCUCAGAACACCGGUCGAAGCUCACCGCCCCCAGGAUAUGUUCCAGAGCGACAGCAGCGGAUAGCUCGCCAAGGAUCCUACACCAGCAUUCAUAGUGAGGGGGAGUUCAUACCUGAGAACAUGGAACAGUGUAUAUAUGAGCCUCAGAGCAGUACUGAAAACUCAAUAUCAAGCAGCUGCCAGUCUUUGGAUAGGCGAGCGGAAAGUCCAUCAUAUCGGAAGUCUCGUAUGUCCAGAGCGCAGAGCUACCCUGACAACAGACAACUAUACUUGGAUCGUGAAAAUCAUGUUCCAGAUAAGGCUGGAAAAGGAGGGACCUAUCCCCGACAUUUCCACAUACCACUGCACCAAAAGGAUUAUGGUGACGGGCGGAGAACGUUUCCGAGAAUUCGCCGACAGCAGGGGAACUUGUUCACUCUUGUGCCAUCCAGUCGGUCACUAAGUACAAAUGGAGAGAACAUGGGUUUAGCAGCUCAGUACAUGGACAGCCGAGGGAGAAUCCGCAGCGGAGACAGUGAAAGCACGCUCUCAGUACAGGAGAGGAAUGUUUCCACUAAAUCCCCAAGUGCACCUACCAACUGGAGAAGAGGGAAGCUGCUCGGCCAGGGAGCAUUUGGACGUGUAUAUCUCUGUUACGAUGUAGACACAGGAAGGGAACUUGCUGCAAAGCAGGUUCAGUUUGACCCUGACAGUCUUGAGACCAGCAAGGAAGUAAGCGCUUUGGAGUGUGAGAUCCAGUUACUGAAGAACCUGCAGCACGAGCGGAUAGUGCAAUACUACGGCUGCCUGCGUGAAAAAGCAGAGAGGACUCUUUCAAUUUUCAUGGAGUAUAUGCCUGGGGGCUCAGUUAAGGACCAAUUGAAAGCAUAUGGAGCACUGACUGAGAAUGUGACCCGAAAAUACACCAGGCAGAUUCUAGAAGGGGUGUCAUACCUCCAUAGUAAUAUGAUUGUACAUCGGGAUAUAAAAGGAGCUAACAUCCUGCGAGAUUCUGCAGGAAAUGUAAAGCUGGGUGACUUUGGAGCAAGCAAACGACUGCAGACAAUAUGCAUGUCAGGGACAGGGAUUCGCUCAGUCACUGGGACACCGUACUGGAUGAGCCCAGAGGUUAUCAGUGGUGAAGGCUAUGGAAGGAAAGCUGAUGUGUGGAGCCUGGGAUGUACAGUGGUGGAGAUGCUUACAGAAAAACCUCCCUGGGCAGAGUAUGAAGCGAUGGCUGCCAUUUUCAAAAUUGCCACUCAACCGACAAAUCCCCAGCUGCCUCCUCACAUCUCAGAUCACUGCAAGGACUUCCUGAAGAAAAUAUUUGUGGAUGCCAAACAAAGGCCAUCAGCAGAGGAGCUGUUCAGAAACCCAUUUGUGCAGAUCGCUCACUAACUGAGUCUGGAACUA